AUGUUGACUAUACAGAGACUUCCAUCGCCGUUAAUCACAACUGGAUUACUGUUGUUGCUCUUACCGUUGUGUUUGACUUUCACCUGCAGUGCCGCUCCCGCCCACGCCCCCACACUGUUGAGUGUGGCCGGCAGUGUGGUGGUCCCACUCAACGCCACCCCAUUCAUUGACGUUCAGGUCGUCGACGGGAGCAGCGGCGCCGUUCUCCGCUUCCUCCCACUCGACGCCAGCCGCACCUUCGCCUUCGCCGGCCUGCCGCCAGCCGCCACGGAGGUGCGUCUCUUCCUGCGGCUGCCCGAGCGGCGGUUCCGCUUCUCGCCGGAGGCCUCCACACUCGCCGUGGCCAUCCCGAAGAAUACAGUCGGCGGCGUGGCCCCGUGGCUGCAGCUCACCGCAGCGGUGGAGGAACUGCAGAGCACACCGGCCGGCGAACAACAACAGGGAAGUCUUCUCGCCCUUCUUGUGACGGUAGUGGGAAUGGUACUGGCAAUCGCAGGGCGGCACAAACUCGUUUCGUUACUGCAUUUACCGGUCGUGAAGCUGCCAAAGCAGCGCAGGAUGGUUGUACCUAUGAGUAGGUAG